AUGCCUCUGGUGCGUAGACAAUUCUUCAUUGACAACGCUGUAGUUGCAGCAUUCGAAUGCUACAUAUUUAUCACUGAAAAAAACAACGAUCGAUCAUCAUCAACGGGGGAAUUCUGGUUCAAAGGAAGUGACAUAGCGAGAUAUUUGGGAUAUCGUCGCCCAACCAAAGCUGUUUCAGAUAACGUUAGCAGCGAAUGGAAACGUGCGUGGAAAGAUUGUGUGAAGGGUAUCCAAAAAUUGGAUACCCCUGUUGCAACUCCAUCAAAUUGGCAGCCGCAUACAAUAUUGAUCUCAGAGCCCGGCCUUUAUGCCCUCAUCACACGUUCAAAAAAACCAGAAGCCAUCAAGUUUACGAAAUGGAUUUACGAGGAUGUAUUACCAGCAUUGCGAAAAAGUGGGCAGUUCAAUGCCACCGCUGCUGCCGUCAUCAAAGAAAAUCAGAAGAUGCAGAAUCAACUGAUACUCACACAUCAGAUGCUUAUUGAUUUUAAUAGACAUCUGAUGGAAACAACAACUGAAUAUGUAGAGUCAGCCCGCCAUGAUGCGAUAGCCUUGUCACGUCGUCUAACCGAUAUCGUUCAGGAUGUGAUAGCUAAACCUCAGGAAAGUAGCUUAUUACACACCAUUGCCUUACAUGAGUUGGAACACGGCUGCGGUGAAGUGGUUUUCACACGCUGUCAACGUCGCUCACUCACCAACACAUUGAAACAUCUACAUAAACGCCAUCCAUAUGCCAAGGAAGUGUAUCGUACGAAUUAUGUACCGAAUGGCGUCAAUGUACUAAAUUGCGUUAAGGAAGCAUUGAGAACGUCCAAAAUUCCAUACAAAGCCCAUAAUAAUAAUACAUUGAAACUACUCAACGGUGCUAAUACUGGUGAUUUAGUCGCACAUGUUCGCAACAUAAUUGACUGUAACGGAAGAAAAUGA